CCAAACUUGCUUUAGUUCUUCCAGUCCGAUGGGGUUUAUUCGAGAGCUUGUGAUCAUAGUGUGUUCACAGAUGGCCUGCCGGACAAGUUUUCAAUGAAUAUUCUGGGUCUUUACAGUAAAAUGCCCAAAUUUACGGCAAUUAUGGAUAUAAUUCGUUUGUUAUGGAUAAUACGGAUUGUGUGGGCUGUUGAAGAUGUGUUGAUGGACUCCACGACGGCAACGGCAGAGCUGGGCUGGACGAUAUAUCCAUCAUUGGGGUGGGAAGAGGUGAGCGGCUACGACGAAAACAUGAACACCAUCCGCACCUACCAAGUGUGCAAUGUCUUCGACGCCAACCAGAACAACUGGGUGCGCACCAAAUACAUCCGGCGGCGGGGUGCCCAACGGAUCCACGUGGAGAUGAAGUUCUCCGUGCGAGACUGCAGCAGCAUCCCGAAUGUCCCUGGCUCUUGCAAGGAGACUUUUAAUCUGUACUACUUCGAAUCAGACUCUGAUGUAGCCACCAAGGUGUAUCCCGCCUGGAUGGAAAACCCUUGGGUCAAGGUGGACACCAUUGCGGCCGAUGAGAGUUUCUCCCAGGUGGACCUGGGCGGCCGUGUGAUGAAGAUCAACACGGAAGUACGCAGCUUUGGGCCGGUGUCCCGUAAUGGCUUCUACUUGGCCUUUCAGGAUUAUGGAGGCUGCAUGUCGCUCAUCGCCGUAAAGGUUUUCUAUCGCAAAUGUCCCCGAAUUAUUCGGAAUGGGGCCAUCUUUCAGGAGACCUUGUCAGGGGCGGAGAGCACCUCUCUGGUGUCUGCCCGAGGCACUUGUGUACCUAAUGGAGAGGAAGUGGAUGUACCCAUUAAACUGUACUGCAAUGGAGAUGGGGAGUGGCUGGUACCUAUCGGGCGUUGCGUGUGCAAGGCUGGGUACGAGUCUGUGGACAACGGAACUGUGUGUAAAGCCUGUCCGUCUGGGUCCUUUAAAGCCUCUCAAGGGGACCAGCAAUGUCUCCAGUGUCCCAUCAACAGCCGCACCUCCAACGAGGGUGCCACCAAUUGUGUCUGUCGCAGUGGAUACUACCGUACGGACUCUGACCCUCUACAGAUGCCAUGCACCACGGUUCCGUCUGCACCCCAGAGAGUGAUUUCUAGCGUGAACGAGACCUCCCUGCGGCUGGAGUGGGAUCCGCCGAAGGAGAGCGGAGGCCGGGAGGAUGUGGUAUACAACAUCAUCUGCAAGAGCUGCGGUUCGGGUCGAGGGGCCUGCACUCGCUGUGGUGACAACGUGCAGUUCGUGCCCCGCCAACUGGGCCUGACCGAUCCACGGGUCCAUAUCAGUGACCUGCUGGCCCACACGCAGUACACUUUUGAGAUCCAGGCUGUGAAUGGAGUGUCUGACCAGAGUCCCUACUCGCCUCAGUUCACCGCUGUCAACAUCACCACAAACCAGGCUGCUCCAUCUGCUGUGUCAAUCAUGCAUCAGGUCAGUCGAGCUGUGGACAGUAUCACGUUGUCCUGGUCCCAGCCAGACCAGCCCAAUGGAGUCAUUCUGGACUACGAGCUGCAAUAUUAUGAGAAGAAUAUGGCUGAGUCAAACUCCUCUCUGCUGCGGAGUCAGACUAAUACAGCAGUUAUCCGGGGCCUAAAGCAGGGGACCAUCUACGUGUUCCAGGUACGGGCCCGAACAGUGGCGGGCUUUGGACGUUUCAGUGGGAAGAUGUACUUCCAAACAAUGACUGAAGAGGAGUAUAACUCCAGCCUGCAAGAGAAACUGCCCCUCAUUAUUGGCUCUGCUGCUGCUGGUGUUGUUUUUCUCAUCGCUGUGGUUGUGCUCAUUAUCGUCUGUAAUCGGAGAGGCAGCGAAAGGACAGAGUCUGAAUACACUGACAAGCUGCAGCAUUACACCAGCGGCCACAUGUCUCCAGGAAUGAAGAUCUACAUUGAUCCUUUCACAUAUGAGGAUCCCAAUGAGGCAGUGCGUGAGUUUGCCAAAGAAAUAGACGUGACCUGUGUGAAAAUCGAGCAAGUCAUUGGUGCAGGUGAGUUUGGAGAGGUAUGUAGUGGUAAUCUCAGGCUUCCUGGAAAGAGGGAGAUUCUGGUGGCCAUCAAGACUCUGAAAUCAGGCUACACUGAGAAGCAGCGGCGGGACUUCCUGAGCGAAGCCAGCAUCAUGGGGCAGUUCGACCAUCCCAACAUCAUCCACCUGGAGGGAGUGGUGACCAAGAGUACUCCAGUAAUGAUCAUCACUGAAUUCAUGGAGAACGGAUCACUGGACUCCUUCCUUCGGCAAAAUGAUGGCCAGUUCACUGUCAUUCAGUUGGUCGGCAUGUUGCGUGGCAUUGCAGCUGGCAUGAAAUACCUCUGUGACAUGAACUACGUACAUCGCGAUCUGGCUGCCCGCAACAUACUGGUCAACAGCAAUUUAGUCUGCAAAGUAUCUGACUUUGGGCUUUCUCGCUUUCUGGAAGAUGACACGUCAGAUCCUACAUACACAAGUGCCCUGGGAGGGAAAAUUCCAAUACGAUGGACUGCUCCCGAGGCCAUUCAAUAUAGGAAGUUCACAUCCUCGAGUGAUGUGUGGAGCUAUGGGAUCGUAAUGUGGGAAGUCAUGUCCUAUGGAGAGCGACCGUACUGGGACAUGAGCAAUCAAGAUGUAAUAAAUGCAAUCGAGCAGGAUUAUAGGUUACCUCCUCCUAUGGACUGUCCAAAUGCACUUCACCAACUAAUGUUGGACUGCUGGCAGAAGGACAGAAACAACCGUCCGAAAUUCAGUCAGAUUGUCAACACUCUGGAUAAGAUGAUACGUAAUCCUGGCAGCCUGAAGGCCACCACCCCUCUCUCUUCAGGCGUACAUCUACCUCUGCUGGACCGCAGCACACCAGACUUCUCCAGCUUCAGCACAGUGGAUGAAUGGCUGGAUGCCAUCAAAAUGGGCCAGUACAAGGAGAACUUUGCCAAUGAAGACCUCACUACCUUUGAAGCCGUGUCUCAAAUGACUAUGGAUGAUAUUCUGAGGGUGGGAGUAACACUAGCCGGUCACCAGAAGAAGAUUCUCAACAGUGUGCAGAUGAUGCGUGCCCAAAUGAACCAGAUACAGUCAGUGGAGGUUUGAUUCUUAGGAGUGGAGGAUUGGACCAGCCUGUGCACACCAGACCCCUGUGGACCUCCUCACAGAAAGACACCCCCGCCCCCCCUCAGUAAGCCCUGUGUCCAGAGCCCAGAAGUUGUCUCUUUCUCUGGGGAUGAUCAAGAACUGAUCACCACAAGACCACUAUGGUCUCAGUACCGCACCAGCACACCAAAGGCAAGCUGAAGCCUUUCCAAUGGUCAAAACUAUCCAUAAAUGUCAUUCUGGCUGCAUUUACAUGCAAGUUUAUGUUCGUGUAUUAUCUGUGACUUUGCAGUAUUUCAAAUAAGCCACAUAAAAGCCUCUUUAUGUCUUUUCAAAUGUUAAUAUAUCUGUUAUUUCAUAGACAUUUAAAGUCAGCAUGAAACCGAAGUUGCGAUAGUCUUUUCUUCCCUAUUGUGACAUAUAUCCAAGUGAAAACGCUUCUCAAACAAGAACAAAUGUUAGGUGAUGGUUUGCUAUUGCUGUGAUCUCAUGUGAAUGACAGGUUGUUCCACCCUCAUGCCAGUGAGCACGUCUUCAGAGAAGAGAAGAGAUGCCGUUGCAAGUGGGAGGGAAAUUUAUGAAUUUAGCGCACGUGAUGUUUUCAUAUUCAGAAUAAAAGGGAAGAAAAGGUUGUUUAAGCAUGUAAAUGUAGCCACUAUCACAUGUUAUUUUAUGAAGUUUAUUUUGGCUGUUAGUUCUGUGGGUAAAUCUGCAAUCUCAUUAGAUGAGAUCAAAUUAGAUUUUGAUCAUAUAUACCAGUAUAUACCCUUUACUCUUUGAUACGGUUUGGUUCUCAUCCAUACUCACCAGAAAUGUGUUAAAAGGAUACAUUAAAAUUAAAAAAUGUUGUCUCGGUGUGCAUCUGAAAUAGACUAUGGACUAAUAGCAAGAAAAAAAGGAGAAACAAUUAUACAUGUGUGAUAGUCAUGUAUGAUGGGGAAUGAUCCAUGUGAUGGAUCUUGAGCUGGCAGCACAUGCCAAUAUGAGGACUAUUAUAGAAAUUCAACUAUGUGAAUAGUAGAUAAAGAAACCAGUACUGGUUCAGUAUGAUAUUGGGGUUUUUUUGUACAAAGUAAUGUGAUGAAUAUUUUUUUAUUUUCUUCAUGAGUUUUAUUUAUUUGUUUUAUACUUUAUAACACCAUUAUUUUCCACUUGACCAUAUAAUCAUGCACCAGUGUUGUACUGCAGAUGUUUUUUGUCACAUAUCGGAGGCACUUCAAGUGCUAAUUUCCUCACAGAGCCUGCCACCUUAAUUGAAUAGUAGUGCAGGCCGGAUUUAAUUUUAAAUCUGAUUUUUUUUAAUCAGUUUUAAAAAAAGUUUUCCGUAUUUGUUCCCCCUACAUUUUCCUGUUGAUAUUUUGAUUCUUGUAUUUAUAUGUAUAUGUAUACAUACAAUAUUAUUAUUUGUGUAUAUACAGUCCUGGUCAGAAUUAUUGGCACCCUUGAUAAAUAUGAACAAAGAAGCCUAUGAAAAUAAAUCUGCAUUGUUAAUCCUUUUGACAAUUUAUUAAAAAAAUUCACAAAAAUGUAACCUUUCAUUAAAGUAAAAAAAUUGAAAACGGGGAAAAAUCUCAUUAUGAAAUAGAUGUUUUUCACUAAUACACAAUUAAUGGCACCCUUUUAUUCAAUACUUUUUGCAACCUCCUUUUGAUAGCAGCUCUGAGUCUUCUCCUAUAACACCUAAUGAGUUUGGAGAACACCUGACAAGAGAUCAGAGACCAUUCCUCCAUACAGAAUCUCUCCAGAUCAGGGAUGGGCAGCGUCGGUCCUGGAGAGUUUAGCUCCAACCCUGAUAAAAAAAAAACUCACCUGCGUAUAGCUUAGUAAUCCUGAAGACAUUGAUUAGCUUGGACAGGUGUGUUUGAUCAGGGUUAGGGCUAAACUAGGCAGGACAGUGGCAGACCUGGACCGACUUGCCCAUCCUUGCUCCAGAUCCAAGUCCAUGUUGAUACACUCUCCUCUUCAGUUUUCAAUAGGAUUCAGGUCAGGGGAUUGGAAUGACAAUGGCAGAAUCUUCAUUUUGUGCUCAGUGACCCAUUUUUUUUUUUUUGUGUGUGUGUUGAUUUUGAUGUUUGUUUUGGAUCAUUGUCCUGAUGGAAGAUCCAGCCUUGACCCAUUAUAAGAUUUCUAGCAGAGGCUGUCAAGUAUUGAUUUUUUUUAUCUGUUGGUAUUUGAUAGAAUCGAUGAUACCAUGUAUCUGAACAAGAUGUCCAGGACCUCCAGCGGAAAAAUAAGCCCACAACAUUAAAGAUCCAGCAGUAUAUUUAACCGUACACAUGGGGUACUUUUUAUCCCUGUUUACACCAAACCCAUCUGGUGGGUUUGCUGCCAAAAAGCUCUUUUUUUUUUUUUUUUUUUUGUUUCAUCUGACCAUAAAAGCCCAUCUUGUUUGAAGCUCCAGUCUUGUCUGACAACUGAAUAUCCUGGAGAUUGUUUUUAGAUGAGAGCAGAGGAUUUUUCUUGAAACCCUCCCCAACAACUUGAUAUAGGUGCUGUUUGAAAUUUUUUCUUUUUUCUUUUUUUUUUUUUCUUCUCUUUCCCAAGACUCAACUAUUUUCUGCAAUUCUCCAGCUGUGAUCCUUGGAGAGUCUUUGGCCACUCAAACUUUUUAAUUUUAAUUUUUAAAUUUUUUUGCUUUUGAUUUUCUUACAACCACUUUCUAUUUUGUGAAGCUCAACAAUCUUUUGCUGCACAUCAUAACUAUAUUCUUUUGUUUUACCCAUUGUGACGGACGAUUAAGGGAAGUUGGCCUUUGUGUUACUUGAUAUUUAUACUCCUGUGGAACAGGAAGUCAUGUCUGGACAAUUUCAUGCUCCUAGUCACUCUGGUGUGCUAAAAAUGUAAAUAUAAAGGGGAUAUACUUCAGAGAUAUUUUACUCAUUAAAAUUUCUAGGGGUGCCAAUAAUUGUAGCCAACAUGUAUUAGAGAAAAACAUUUUCAUAAUGUGAUUUUUCCCUCAUUCACAUUCAGUUUUACUUCAAUAAAAGAAUAAACAAUGCAGAUUUAUUUUCACAUCAGAUUUACCAAGGGUGCAAAUAAUUUUAUCCACAACUGUAUACAUGUCUGGCACUUCACAAAUAGGGUACAAUUUGGUGUCCAGUUACUUUAAAGCAUUAGAAACUCUAAUUAUUUUUUGUUGUAAGAACUGUUAGAUGUCUGACAAACUAUUAUCAAACAUAAAAUUAGCAUGAACAUAGCUGGUUUUGAACACUUUAAAUGUCCCUGUCUUCUCUUUGUCUUGUUCCAUUCAUUUCCAGGCCUUAUUUUGUACCCUUUUUCUGUCCACAUGAAAUAGUAUUAAGUUCUUGCCACCAAGGAAGCAGCUCAUGAAAUUAAAGAAUGAGAUGAAAGGAGAAAAACCCUAAAAGACACAUUAGAAAAGACUACAAGUCUGCUGUAGUCUUUAAUCUUUGUUUUUUUUUUUUGUCUUUUUUUUAAUAAUGAAUAAUGAAUUUAAUAUCAAGAUGCUCCCUUAUUGGUAUAGUUUUGUGCAGUUUAUCUGAAUUUUAGUGGCGUGGCAAAUGUUAAUUUUGACCGUAUGAGCUUGGACUAAGUGAAAAGACUUCACCGACCACACUUGGACAGAUUUAUUUUUCAUCUUCGACAUGCUUUACACAUUAAACUUCACAACAUAUUCAGCAUUACUGUAAAAUACUUUACAAAAUACAUGCUUGCUUGUUUGUUGUUUUCAGUAUAUACUGUGUUGGUUAAUAAGCAGUUACAGUUCUAAUCUAUUGCUCUUCCCGGAGCACGGCACAUUUGUAACCCAAAAUAGUUGUUGAGUUGACACUUUGACACUGUGACAUGGUCUCUUUUAAAGUGAAUGUGCUUCCUAUCAACUUGUUCACUGGUCUUCCACAUCUAAACACUUUUCACAUGUAUAGAAAUACUCUUGUUCACUUUCUUAAUAGGUCUGAAUCUCAUGUAUUUUUGUCUCUCUCUCUAAGCGCUGACACUUAUUUUACCCACCUUCACUUCUUUUCCUCCCUAGGCUCAGACUGCUGUGCCCUUUGUAAAGCUUUGCCUGACAAACUGUUAAUGGUUAUGUUCCACAUUAUUUAUGCCUAUAUCUUUAUUCCAUGCUUUCAUAUUACCUUGAUCUGCAUUUUUUAGAGUGUUGGGCAACCUUCUAUAUGUAAAAUCAAAAACUGAAGGUGCAGGAUUUGUAAGCUGCAUUAUUUCUUAUUGCGAAACCAUUAUUCUCCUUUUGAGUGAAAUUUUAACAAUUCAUUUAAGCUCCAGGCAUCAUCUUCAUAAAGGGAAUUAAAAAAAAAAAAAAAAACUCAUUUCAGGCUCAAUGGACUGUCAUUGUGAUUUUUUUCUUUUUCUUUAAAUAUGUCAUUACCAUAAUUGGAGGACAGAAUCAUAUCGGAAAGGUUGUAUGAAAAGAAUGUACAUAUGUUAAUAUAUUAGAAAAUACCUUCAUGUAUAUCUUUUUCACUAUUUUUAAUUAUUUCUUUUUCUUUUCACCCUCUAUUUGAUAAAAGAUCCAUUUCUUUGUGAAUAUAUGAUUGUGGAUUAGGCCAUGUACACGCAUACAAUAGUAUGUGCACACUUUCAUUGGUAUUAACCCGUCAUACACACACUGUACUGUCCACCAUGACCACUGUGAGUGAAGCAGGAGGCUCUGGAUUUUGUAUAAAUGUACAUUUACUGUAACCCUGUGAAUGAUGUUACAGUUGAAUAAUUUGUAGUAUUGCUAUUGGUUUAUUUUCUAUGAAAGAAAAUUUGUGGCCCGUUGCGUUUUUCUUCAAUAAAAUAUGAAGCAAGG